AUGAAACAGAAAAUUAAGUUUAUCAUAUUUAUUAAAAUUUUUUUGUUUCUCCUUUUAACUUGGAUAUGUAAUUUUAAUAAUGAUAUGUGGACAUGUAGCAAAUUUUUGGAUGGAAACUGUAAGGUAGGUGAAAAUUUAGAUACAAGUAAUUAUCGAUCGCUUGCAAAAUGUAAAAAGGAUAAAUAUUCGAAUAAUGUAAGUUUAAAAGAAAAUUUUCUAAAAAAUGGUGUUAAUAAGCAAAAGAAUAUAUCUAAUAAUGAAAAAGAAGACAAAGAAAAAAACAAACAAUCAAAUAGAGGUCUAUUAAAUAAGGCACAAUACUAUACAGAAGUUAUAGAUUAUAAUAAUGCAAUGUUUGAUGGUAAACAUUUCCAUUUUGAAAAAAAAUGGAUUAAAAAAAAAGAUUACGAUAAUUUUCUUAAAAGAAACAGGAGAAUUUGUGAUAUAUCUUUAAACAAAAUUAGAUUUAGGAAAUAUGGAACUGGAGUUGCUAUGUUUUUUAUUUUUAUCUUGCUGGGAAUAGGGAUACCAAUAUUAUCAAGUUUACCAUCUUUAAAAGAUAUAUGGGAAAAAAUUACAGAAAAUGAAAUAUUGAGUAAAUUGAAAGCUGUAGAAGGUUGGGGUGACGAUGUACUUACAUAUCUUAUUAUAGCAUUAUUUAGCGUACUUAUGGUUAUGUUAGCUGUUAUGCUUAUAAUAGGGUUCUAUAGGAUUUUAAGAAAUAAUGAAAAAUAUAACAAAAUUAAGUUAAUAAAUGAAAAAUAUGAAUAA